GUGUUUUCACCCUCACGGAAGGCUGACGCCACUCUCUGCCGCAGAAACGUUCCCAAAUCACGGCUUUUCUUGGCAUCGUCCCGCGGCCAUUCCUCACACAGCUUUAAGAACCGACGGUACCUGGUAGCAGACAUCUUUGGACAUGUAAAGGUGAUCGCGUUCGAGUUAGCAAGAUGAGCGGAUCAGAAGGUAAAAAGGGCUCUUCCUCCGGUGUGAUGGAGUGGAUCGGUUCAGCUUGUCGGUUUGCGACAGACAGAAACGACUUCAGAAGGAAUCUUCUGGUCAACCUGGGCCUGUUUGCAGCUGGUGUCUGGGUUGCACGAAAUCUCUCCGAUUUUGACCUGAUGUCUCCUCAGCCCGUGACAUAACCUGGUCAAAAUACACCACAGCCAAAACCAGGAUGAUGGUGUCUUGGACCAGCAAAAAAGAAACAAGGGACAUCAUCAUUUUAUUACUUUGUUACACUUUGAAAACAAAUCAUCUUGUUAACCUGAAUUUGGUUCACUUUUCUGUUGAAUAACUCUUUUCAUGUCAUCUUACAGUAGGUGGCUUGAAGACAAAUAAUUGCGUUGAA